UCGUGAAUUAAUCUCUAAGGACUUUGAAACAUUUUCGGUAAUACGGUUACUCUUGAUUCUAAUAUUGAUUUUUACUAUAAGGCAUUUAUAGAGAUUCUCAAGAAUGGUAUUGCCAGAGCUUCAGGAAGAAAAACAAUAACCAUGGAAAAUAAGGAGCCAAAUAAAAACAAGAGAUCUCAUAGAUGGUGCGAAAUGCGAUGAGGUGAUCGGGAAUAGGAAAUCUGCUCUUUCUGCUUUUAGGAAACAUAAAUCCAUUCACUCCUGGGUUGAAUACAAAAGGUGCCGUGCGUUGGCUAAAAAGACUCUCAACGAGAAGAAGAAAGAAAAUUUCAAGGAAUUUUGCCGGGGAAUAAACAGAUUUACGGACCCUGGAUAUGUCUGGAGGACUAUCCGUAUAUUUAAGAAGGCCAGGAAUAACGUUACUUGGAAUAAAUGGCAGUCCACUGACAGAGAAUCGGAAAUUAGGAGAACGACGGACAGCUUGUCCCCCCUUACUGUCGGUCACAAACUUUAUAAUAACUUCAUGAGAGCUAGCGGUGAGUUUGAUACCCCUUUUUUGAGGGCGGAGCUGGAUAGGGCUAUAACUAUGGCCAGGAGAGACUCUGCACCAGGGCUGGAUGGCGUGGAAUACAAGAUGUUACGCCUCUUGCCGGAUUCAGGACGAGAGAAGGUGCGACCUAUUUCAUUGUCAUCUUGUGUGGGCAAACUGAUGGAGAGACUCAUUAAUGAACGACUAAUGUGGUGGGCGGAGAACGAGGAUAAAUUUAGCAAAUCACAGAGCGGAUUUAGACGGGGUAAAUCUUGUGCCGAUAACCUUGCACGCAUUACGGCGGAUAUACGUGCCUCUAUUUGUUCUAACGAAUAUACCCUGGCAGCCUUUUUGGAUGUAUCUGCGGCGUAUGACUGUGUGAAUUACUGGAUCAUGAUGGACAAGCUGGUGGCGCUUCAAUGCCCUGUAAACAUUGCUAGAUUCAUCAGUAAAUGGCUAUACUGUAGAAGGGGUUUGUGCGCGGAGUUGCCGGAGGGAGUGAAGGCAGUAGAAUUUGCCGAUGAUAUUGGUCUGUAUGUAUCUGGGAUUAGUAGAAGAAAGAAUCGUGAACUAUUGGAGCGUGCCGUUAACGUGAUCGCUGAAAGACUUAUGUUGAUUGGUUUGGCACUUGAACCGAAGAAGACAGUACUGGUGGAAUUUUCCAGGAGCGGUUACGUGGACAGGAACCUGUUUAUCAAUAUACAGGGAACCAAGGUGUAUAAUAGUGGUGAGGCUAAAUUCCUAGGAAUCUGGCUGGAUAGUGGUUUGACUUUCCAUCGGCAAACACAGGAGAUAAGAGGAAAAAGCCUCGUUAGAUCUGUUAUAGAUUACGGUAUCUUUGUGUAUUUCCCUAGAGACGCCUCGUAUACACUCAAGUUAGAACGAGCUCAAUUUAUGGGUAUACGCACUGCUCUGGGGUACAGGAAUAGUACCCCGAAUAAUGUAAUCGUGGCAGAAGCAAAGGUCAGCAGAUCUCUUCGUGACCGAGCUUUUAUGCUUGAAAGUAAUUUUAUCAACAAAGCAAUGGUGUACAACCAAAACGGCCUAUGUCAGAAACUGCAGCGUGCCUUUGAUUGUGAGAGUUAUGCACGAUUUCUCCUCCCUACGUAUAGAUUCUCCCUCCUGUCGGAGGUUUGGAGGUCUUCAUUGAAAAGAAGAGACUGGUUGGGCCCAUCGCGGAGGUACGAGGUUUUCCAGGGGAAUUAUGACGCACAUACCUUCGUUCCCUUGGUUGAUUUUGACAUCGGUUUGAAAAGAAAAUACAAAAAAUUUUCAGAUGAAAUUUUGAUCCGGGAGGUUACUUCUCAAUAUAAUUUGGAAUCGCCAGAAGUUGUCUUUACUGAUGGAUCUCAAGACGAAAACAAGAGAUCUACUGGUGCCUCCCUGAUUAUCUGUGAUCAGGAGAUUGCAUAUAAAAUUAGUCUCCCGUUUAUGUGUUCGUCAUACACUGCGGAGGCCUUCGCGGUGAUGGCUGCGUUGCGGCUGUUGCUUUGUCAGAUCGAAAGGAGGGCAAAAGAUAUGAUUGUUCUAUCGGAUUGUAAGUCGGUGCUGAUGAGUAUUCGGAGCAAUAUACUGGAUGUUUAUAGAAAUCAAUAUGUUAUAGAAGCUAGAAGAAUAUUGUUCGAGUUGUGUUAUAAACACGAGAGGAGAGUCGUUCUUGUAUGGAUUCCCGCUCAUAAGGGUAUACUGGGUAACGAGUUGGCGGAUGCAUUGGCCAAGGAGGCUUCUACCGAGGAAGCGGACCCUACUAUCGUCGUUCCGCUGAGCGAUAUGAUGAGUAGUAUAAGGAAAGUUACGUGGGAAACAACACAGAAUUCGAUUAUGGCUGAGUCGGCGUACAAGGGUGCUUUUUACUUUUCGAAUUUCUAUGAACGACGGGCCACUAAACCAUGGUUUUCGAAGUUGGACAAGGAAAGAUAUUUUAUAACUUGGAUUAAUAGAGUGAGAGCAAAUCACUUCAACUUAGGUUCUUCUCUGAAGAGAAAGGGAUACGUCGAUAAUGAGAGAUGUGACUACCUCUAUGAAGUUGGCCGGACAACUUCAACGUAUCGAACUUUCAUUAAUUGGAAUCGAUUGGUGGUCGUUUGGUGGUCUUUGGUAGUCUAGUCCGA